ACGAAGCAUAAAUGAUCGACGUUAAAAUGGAGAAAAAGUUUGGGUUUUGCCUUUGAUAAAUUUGCUCCCAUCACUCACACACGUAGAAUUCUCAGCGGACACGACUCUUCUUUCUUCUUCAUCUUCUUUCUUCCGUCGUCACCAUUUAUCCAAAUCCCAUCUCACUGUAAGUCUUGUUCAAUUUUUCUCUCGCAAUGUCUGAAUUGAGUACUACUUCCCCUGCUUACGAAAUGAACUUCGCGAAGAGGGAGUACGAGUUCUUGAAGGAAAUCGGGCUCGGACCGCGGAAUUCGGGCUGUUAUGUCAAUGGGGUUUGGCAAGGGAGCGGGCCCGUGGUUUCUUCUGUGAAUCCUGCUGAUAAUCAGCAAAUUGCUGAAGUUUUUGAAGCAUCCAUUCAAGACUAUGAAGAAGGCAUGCGAGCAUGUGCCGAUGCUACCAAGAUAUGGAUGCAGAUUCCAGCACCAAAGAGAGGUGAGAUUGUAAGGCAAAUUGGUGAUGCUCUGAGAACCAAACUCCAUCACCUCGGCCGGCUUGUAUCCCUUGAAAUGGGAAAGAUACUUGCUGAAGGAAUAGGGGAAGUUCAGGAAAUAAUUGAUAUGUGUGACUUUGCUGUGGGAUUAAGCCGCCAGCUGAAUGGAUCCGUUAUACCUUCUGAACGACCUAAUCACAUGAUGUUGGAGAUGUGGAAUCCCUUGGGAAUAGUCGGCGUUAUUACAGCCUUCAACUUUCCUUGUGCUGUUCUUGGAUGGAAUGCAUGCAUAGCUCUAGUUUGUGGAAAUUCUGUAGUGUGGAAAGGUGCUCCGACCACACCUCUCAUUACCAUCGCGAUGACAAAGAUAAUAGCUGGAGUACUGGAGAAAAACAAUUUACCGGGAGCAAUUUUCACAGCAUUCUGUGGAGGUGCUGAGAUUGGUCAAGCUAUAGCAAAAGAUCCGCGCAUUCCCCUAGUUUCUUUUACCGGGAGUUCAAAGGUGGGUCUAAUGGUACAACAAACGGUGAAUCAAAGAUACGGCAAGUGCCUGCUCGAGCUAAGUGGCAAUAAUGCCAUAAUAGUCAUGGAUGAUGCUGACAUUGAACUUGCUGUACGCUCUGUUCUGUUCGCUGCUGUUGGUACUGCUGGCCAGCGAUGUACAACUUGCCGUAGAUUGAUUCUCCACGAGAGUGUUUAUCAGAAAGUACUUGACCGGUUAUGUGAUGUCUACAAGCAAGUCAAAGUCGGAAAUCCGUUAGAGAAAGGUACCUUACUCGGGCCGCUGCACACUCCUGUUUCGAGGGAAAAUUUUGUGAAGGGAAUAGAGAAAAUCAAAUCUCAGGGAGGAAAGAUUCUUGUUGGUGGCAGCAUUAUUGAGUCUGAAGGAAAUUUUGUGCAGCCCACCAUAGUCGAAAUAUCUGCUAGUGCCGACGUUGUUAAGGAAGAGUUGUUUGCUCCUGUUCUCCACGUGAUGAAGUUUCAGACGCUGAAGGAAGCAAUUGAAAUAAACAAUUCUGUGCCUCAAGGCCUAAGUAGUUCCAUCUUCACUCGGAGGCCUGAAAUCAUAUUCAAAUGGAUCGGUCCCCAAGGAAGUGAUUGUGGUAUUGUGAAUGUAAACAUUCCGACAAAUGGUGCUGAGAUUGGCGGCGCUUUUGGUGGCGAGAAAGCUACUGGAGGCGGCCGUGAAGCUGGGAGCGAUUCUUGGAAACAAUACAUGAGGCGCUCAACUUGCACUAUCAACUACGGAAGCGAGCUGCCUCUGGCUCAAGGGAUCAACUUCGGGUAGUGGAUACGAACGGGCAAGCUCGACUCGAGCAGGUGUGGUUUCUUGUCAAAAAUGCUUAUUAGUUCCAUAUCUGAAUCUAUGGCAAGAAUCUGAAUGAUGGCUGGUUCCAUAUCUGAACCUAUGGCAAGAAUCUGAAUGAUCAGAUUCUGUAAUGAAAUAAAGCAUAAUUUUAGACUUGCUGUUGUAUAUGAAUACGGAAGGAUUUUAAUUUAAACGGCAUAUCAUAUUUAAGGGGUUUGAAAAA